CCACCAUCGGAUAAACAACCUGUCGAAUGUCCAUGGAUUCAAGCGUCAUCCGAUUGUCUUCCCCAUUCAGAAUCACGCAGUCCUCUCUGCGCGCGGCGAAUCGAACCACCCGCCGCAACCCGCUCUCCCUCUCGUUCUCGUCGCCGCCGUCGACGACUUCCGCCGCCGCCGCCGCUCGGAGUCAUUCCGACAAGAAGCCGCCGAGGCCGGAAGUCGGCGCCGGCGCCAGGAGGGGAGCGGCCUUCGACGAAGCCGCCUACGAGGCCGAGCGGCUCCGCCUCGACGCCGAGGCCCGGGAGUCGAUGGCGGAGGCGUCGGAGCGCGAAGGAUCCGAGGACCCGAAGGCGUGGAAGUGGGCGAUCCGGAAGAGGGUGUGGGAUUUCAUGGAGGCGCGCGACGUGGCCCAGAACCCCCGGCCCGUCCACCACCGCAUCCCCAACUUCGUCGGCGCUUCAGCCGCCGCUGGCAAGUUAAGCGAGUUGGAAAUUUUUCAAGUUGCAGAGUGUGUGAAGGUUAACCCGGAUUCACCCCAGAAGCAAGUCAGGUUCCUCACUCUCUCUGAUGGGAAGAAGUUGCUAACGCCUCAACCCCGUUUGAGAACGGGUUUCUUCUCUGUUCUUCAGUCCUCUAUGUUGGCCCCUCAUACCAUCAAUGAGGCUUGUACCUCUGCUGGGGCUGCCAAGUACGGAAGGCCAAUCAGAUUGGAUGAGAAGAUAAAGGUGGAUCUGAUUGUGAUUGGUUCUGUUGCAGUUGACCCUAAGACCGGUGCUCGGCUUGGGAAGGGUGAGGGGUUUGCAGAACUCGAGUAUGGCAUGCUACGAUAUAUGGGAGCUAUUGAUGACUCGACACCAGUUGUCACCUCUGUGCAUGACUGUCAAUUGGUGGAUGACAUUCCAGUGGAGAAAUUGUUAAUCCAUGAUGUGCCUGUGGAUGUGAUAUGCACUCCCACGCAGGUCAUUUUCACCAACACUUCCAUUCCCAAGCCCCAAGGAAUCUACUGGGAUAAACUCUCUCCUGAGAAGCUGGGUCAAAUUCGUAUUCUGAGGGAGCUCAAGCGCAGAAUUGAGCAGGAAACUGGACAACAGCUUCCUUGUGGUCCAUCAGAGAAAUUACCCCCAACAGCUCAACAGGGCCGCUCUAAUUCUCAAGUUAAAUAGGACCAAUCAGCAAUGAAGAAGAGUAGGAUUUGUUAAAUUUGUGUACAUACGGAUUCGAGCUAGAAGAUGGUUGUCACAUCAGCUCGCUAACAUUACAUUUUACUUUGCCUUGCCUUUGAAUCGGUGUCGGCAUCUCUCUUCUCUCUCUCAAAUGAUUAUUAGCUCUGUGUGCCACCGUGAAUGAAAAGGGAAGCAAGUAGGUUUCAUUUGAAGAUCUGAGAGGCAGGUUGUUAUUGAGCUAUGUUUCGAUGUUUGACUACUCACAGCUAUCAGAAGUGGUGAUGCAUGAA